CUGACGGAUGAGAUACAAGUGGCUUGUUGUCAAAUAAUUUGUGAUCGAUGACGAAUUAUUAAAACUCGUGUAAUUUAGAUUUUAAUUAAAAGAAAUACAUUAUAAUUUUACAGUGUAAACUGUAGUAAUUGAAAUAACAAAUAUGAAUAAUCCAGGAAUGAAUUCGGCGACUCCAGGUGUGCCGCAGGUGCCGCUGCUGGAUGACGACACCAUCGCCUUCGGAGAAGAGGAUAAUGCUAACAAACAGUUUGUCCACCCGUAUAUAGUGUUCUUCCACCUGGUGUUCCGCUGCUCAGCUAUAGUGGUGUACAUGCUGUGCGGAUGGUUCUCCGACUCCUUCAUCGCCAGCUUUGUUCUUGUCAUCUUGCUGCUGUCUGCCGACUUCUGGACUGUCAAGAAUAUAAGUGGUCGGCUCCUAGUUGGAUUGCGAUGGUGGAACUAUGUGGACGAUGAUGGCAUGUCUCACUGGGUGUUCGAGACAAAACAGGUAAAUAAUCGAGUGAAUCAAAAUGAGAGUCGUCUGUUCUGGAUGGGGCUGAUCCUGUGCCCUCUUAUCUGGUCAACAUUCUUCAUCUUCUGUCUGUUUGGACUUAAAUUCAAAUGGAUGCUUCUAGUCCUCAUCGCACUAACCCUAACUGGGGCCAACCUGUACGGCUACAUCAAGUGCAAGUUUGGCGCCAAAGAGAACCUCAAGUCUGCCACCACGGAGUUCGUGAAGAAACAGCUGUUCCAAAACGCCACGACCUUCAUGUUCACGCAGCCCGCGCCGCCUACCACUGGCAACACUGGCGUCGUGUAAAUGUAGUCUAUGGGCUUGUACGAAAAAAAAUACAGAAGAAUGAUUCAUACAAUGUUUAUUUUCUAAUGUUAACAUCUGUUAUUAAACUAGAAAUUGUAUAGGUACUAUUUACAUAAAGCCAAGUUGUAAAAGAAUGCAUGCAAACACCUGCAUGUAAUAUUAAAGUAAACAAAUGAAAAAUAUUGUAUGAAACUGAUUCUAAAUAUCAAUUGCAGAGCUGCGUACAAGCCUUCUACAGUAGGAUAUUGUUUUAAAAUGAUUUCGUGAUAUAAUUUUAUAUUACGCGUGUGUUCCUUAAUGUAUUUAUUUGUUUGUAGUUGUCAGUAUUUCUGUCCAAGUCAGGUUUAUAUAAAAAUAAUCAGAUAGUUAUAUCGAAUUUAAAUGUGUAAUAUAAAACGAGUUUAUUUUUUGGGUAGUCAGAAUCUGUUCAUUUUAGCAUCAAUAUCUAUCAAAACUUCUGUUAUUGUCUAAUAAUUGAAACAAUUAACACAAAUAAAAAAUGGAAAUGUCAGAGAUAUAUUAAAGUGAGUGUAAAUGCUCCAUUUGCAUUUUACUCUUUGGUUUGCAAUACAUGAGUAAAUAAUAUUUGAGCAGUUGUUACAAACUUUGUGUUGUUUACGUUCAACCAAGAAAUGUGUAAACAAGAAUCAAGUGAUUUAUAUGAAUUAUCGCACAAUAUAUUAAUUCACAUGCUUGCUUUAAAAUGCAUUUGUCAAAAUAUUUUUCUCGCCAGCUUUUAUUGUUAUAAAAUUAUAACUUUUCAAGUUCGUCGAUAAGAAAUCAUUGGUGCAAAAACAGUUUCAUAAUAGUUAUCUCUUCUUCUGUAUGUGUUUGCACUUUAAUUCAAAGCAUUUUUUCUCAGAAGUAUCGAUUUGAACAAUUUUAUUAAUGUUGUAAUUGGAAUAUCUGAUUGUACAUUGUUGAAGGCCCAAUAGUUUUAUUAUAUUGUAUAUAAUUAUUUUAAGAUAAUCAAUAAAUUAUAUUAAAUGAUA